AUGGGAUCAUCAAAUAGCGUUGAGACAAAAGACAACAAAAAGCAAAACGAGAAUGUGAAUGAUUCAUGUCGUGACACGAAUGCAAAUGAAGGAGAAAUAUUGCUUAUAAGUUAUAAACCAUCAACAACUAUUGAUUUUUUCCGCCUUAAUUUUCCCCCAAGCCACAAAUUAAGCUUAACAAUAAGUUUGCUUUGUAAUGAGUUAGCGAAUAAUUUUUCUCACCACAUGCCACAUAUGAAACGUUAUGACUUUAACCUGAAAGCAUUUCUAGUCGAACAGAACUUUAGCUACAAACUGUUUAGAAUGAAAGCAAAUAAAACGCGUUUCAGUUCAUUGGAGUUCAUUUGGGGGGAGAGAAAAAUCCGUCAUCAAGACGACAUUAGAUUUAUUCAAAUGAUGUCAUCAGAUUUAAGAAUCUAA